CCGACAUGACACCAGUUUGUGUUCGCUGCGACCUGAAGGUCCACGACUGUGACGAGCGAUCUGAUCUGCGCAUGCUCAGUUCUACUCCGGAGCUAGCACUUUGUUUUAGCUCGAAGAAACGCUGGAAAAUAUGGAUUAUUUUCCACACAUGGAAACUAAAGCUCUGCUCCCUGAAGACAGACUCAACCCGGAAGUUUACGAUGUCCGCCAGCAGCGGGACAGUGAAACGGACCGACCGGAUGACGUCCAGCAGCUCCUGGUGAUCAAAGUAGAAGAUCCUCUUGAAUGGAGCUCCAGUUCGGACCAACAGAACCAGAACCCCGUCCUCAUCAAGGAGGAGCUGGAGGACGUGGAUGUUGUUGUGGUGAAGAGUGAAGAACUUCUCAGCUGUGAUGAAACUGAAGACGGCAGAGAUGCAGAUCCUCCCAGCAGCAGCUCAGCUCCACAGAUGAGAACAGAUCCAGAACCCGACCAGAACCCAGAUCCGAGCAGCUAUUUCCAACCUGCAGGAGGAGAGUCGGGCUCCUCUGAGACUGACGUCAGCGGCGGAGAAUGGCAGGACUCUGGAGCUGAAGCUGAGCUGAGUUCUGUUCGUGGGAACGGAUCCGGUCCGGAGGAUCGUCUGGACUCUUCCUACGGCUGCAAAGUUUGUGGGAAAACUUUCACCCGACAUCGAAGUUUGAGGAAUCACCUGAGCGUUCACACCGGAGAGAAGCCGUUCGAGUGCGGCUUCUGCAGUAAGCGGUUCCGCCAGCAGGUGGUGCUGAAGGAGCACAUGAGGAUCCACACCGGAGAGAAGCCGUUCGCGUGCGACGUCUGCGGUAAGACGUUCACUCACCACUCGUCGCUGAAGUACCACCGGCCGGUCCACACCGGAGAGAAGCCCUUCAGCUGCUCCGUCUGCGGCCAGAAGUUCAGCAGGAAGGCCCACCUCCGCAUCCACGCCACCGACCACACCGGAGAGAAACCGUUCGAGUGCGACGUCUGCGGACAGAAGUUCAGCCGCAAGACUCACCUGAAGAUACACCUGACGAGCCACGCCGGAGAGAAGCCCUUCAGCUGCUCCGUCUGCGGAAAGCUGUUCAGCCUGGAGUACUACAUGAAGAGACACCUGCUGGUGCACCGCGACGAGAAGCCCUUCAGCUGCUCCGUCUGCGGCGAGCGCUUCACCAAGCGCGGCAGUCUGAAGCGCCACCGCCGCGUCCACACCGGAGAAAAGCCCUACGUUUGUGACGACUGCGGGAAGACGUUCACCCGCAGCACGCACCUGCAGAGACACAAGCUGGUCCACAGCGGGGAGAAGCCCUUCCCGUGUGGAGUCUGUGGGCUGAAGUUCAACCAGAAGGCCCACUUUGAGCGGCACGCCAGGGUCCACACCGGAGAGAAGCCGUUCUCCUGCACCUCCUGUGGACAGAGCUUCAACCGGCAGAGCAGUCUGAAGAGGCACAGCGUGGUCCACACCGGAGAGAAGCCCUUCAGCUGCUCCGUCUGCAGCGAGAAGUUCACGCUGGAGAGGAACCUGCAGAGACACAUGAGGUUCCACCCGCAGGAGACGUCCGACGGCACCAGCGCCGGCUGCGAACCAGGAUGGAUCAGGAUCCUGGAACAGAUCCUGGAUGUUCUGGAAGCAGAAGAGAGGAGGAGUGAUGUUGUUGAAAGGAUGCUGAAGUUGGAGACAGAGGAGGAUGUUUACUCAUCCCUCGUCUCUGAAGUCCACGCCGGACGGGACCGUCCUCGGCGGCGCAGUUCGGCGGUCAGCGGGGAUCGGUUCGGCCUGGCCCGCCUCAGAGAAGACGAGCCCGCCCGCGCGCGCGCCAUGAACGAAGUGGACUACCUGCGGCGGCGUGGCGCCGGGAGUCUGCCCCUGCAGGAGCAGCGGGGGGGUCCGCGCCUCGGCGUGAACCCGCCGCCGAGCGCCGGCGCCGCGCGACCCGCCGAUGUCCAGCCGGCGAUGAAGAUCAAGGAGGAGGUUCCCUGGACCGCCAGCGUGGGGCAGCAGUUCCCGGAGCCGCUCCACAUCAAGGUGGAGGAGGGAGAGGAGGAGGAGCUAUGGAGCAGCCCGCCGGCGGAGCCGCUGCACUCAGAGCUCGACUAUAGCCGCUUCCCCUUCACCGUCGUCACGGUGAAGAGUGAGGAGGAGGAGGAGGAGCCCCACACCUCCCAUUUUCAUCAGAGUAGAGGUGUGGUCUGCAGAGAGGCGGAGCCUGCGGCCGGCAGCUCCUUGAAGUGGAUAAAAACCGAGUGCGAUGGCGGCGACUCUGGGCAGCUGGAACUCGUGAGGAACCCGAACCGUUUAAGCACAAACACGCCGACGGACUCGUCUGAAGCCAGCGAGGAAGAGGAGGACAGCGAUGAAGGGGAGUGGCACCGACAGAUGGCAGACGCUCGACCUGCAGGUGAAGCCGGCAGUGGCGUUCGCCUGCCGCCCCAGAGCGGCACGAACAUUCCAACGGCGCCGAAGCCGUUCAGCUGCUCCGAGUGCGGGAAACAGUUUCUGUACAAACAGUCCCUGAAGAGACACAUGCGGCGCAACACCGAGAAAAGCCCGGCCGGCUGCACGCUCGGCGCCAAGCGGCCGGAGCUGCGGCCGAGCGCCGAGCCGCCCCGAGUCCACACCGGGAAGAAGAAGUUCGCCUGCGAGGACUGCGGGAAAACCUUCAGGGACCACUUCAGCCUGCGGUCCCACAUGAGGGUCCACUCCGAGGAGAAACCCUUCGGCUGCCAGAGCUGCGGCAAGAGCUUCAAGCACGAGCACAACCUGAAGAUCCACAUGCGCAUCCACACGGGGGAGGAGCCCUUCGGCUGCGACGUCUGCGGCAAACGCUUCAAGCACCAGCACAACCUGAAGACGCACAUGCGCAUCCACACCGGGGAGAAGCCCUUCGUCUGCGACAUCUGCGGCAAGCGGGCGCGGCACCAGAACAACCUGAAGACGCACAUGAUCGUCCACAAGGGCGAGCGGCCGUUCGGCUGCGACGUCUGCGGCAAGCGCUUCAACCGCAAGACCAGCCUGCGCGCGCACACGACGGUGCACACGGGGGAGAAGCCGUACGGCUGCGACGUCUGCGGCAAGAGCUACAAGCGCAAGACGCACCUGCGGACGCACAUGACGGUCCACGCCGAGGAGAAGCCCUUCGGCUGCGAGGUCUGCGGCAAGCGGUUCAACCGCAAGACGCACCUGGCCACGCACAUGGCCGUGCACACCGGCGAGAAGCCGUACAGCUGCGACUUCUGCGGCAAACGCUUCACGCGCAAAACGCACCUGAACUCGCACAUCACCGUGCACACCGGCGAGAAGCCCUUCGGCUGCGGCGUCUGCGGGCAGGAGUUCACGCAGCAGGGCAGCCUGAACCGACACAUGCGCUUCCACCUGGGCUGACGGGGUAACCCAGGUGAGGUCCUCUCCCGCGGCCUUCUGGGAGUCCGCUUUGAACUGCAGUUUCCUUUGAGGAUCGACUGAAUCUGAAGACGACUGACAUGAAUCCAGUUUCUGUUCUCACAAACCUGCUUUAGUUUCAGGAUGAAGUCUGAAAACGUUCCACUCGUCUGAACGGAGCAAUAACUGUCCGGGUUCUGGAGGCCGGACUCCCAACCGCUGGUUCUGAACAUCCAGACUUCAGUUUGGAUCCGGCUCUCGAACCCUGACGGUGGCGGGACGCUGUCCCCCCGUACACGUGCACUAAUAUGUAUUCAUGUUACUUUCAUGCACAUUCAGUAACAGAGUAUGGCCAAGUCCUGUAUGAGAAAUGCCAAAGUAUUAUUAUUAUUAUUAUUGUGCAUUAAUAUGUAUUUGAAAUUAAUCUGAAAUAUAAGUUUUCUUCUCACUGA